CUCUUUUGUUUACCCUAAACAUACUUUAUAUUUGCUUAUCGAGAAUUAAACAUGGACGUUCAGAUUUUCAUUGAUCUUCAAGAUAGGCUCGACCAGGAGACGUCGCUGUUUGAAGAAGUCAGAGAGGCAGUCAAAGAGUUAAACAAGACAUGCCGCCUCGCCUCGGCCAAGUUGGCCAAGGCGCACGCCGUGCCGCAGAGUCAGACCCAUGAAAUCACAGAGGCCAUCACCCCACAGUUUGCGGCGAUCAAAAAGAACAUCAGCGCGCUGGCCAAACUGAUUCGGCCGGCGGCGUUUUACAAAUACCAUGACAUGUGGUCCAACGCCGUAAACACCGCCUGCUCUCUGGUCAUUUUUGCCGUGUACCUGGCCGACGCGCGGCUCGCUAGCCCCGAGGACAUUGAAAAGUACCUUGGCCAAAAAGUCAACGUGACCAAUGGCGAGAUAACCGAGUUUGUCAUUACCAUCGAGGAGUACCUGCACGGCGUCAUAUCGCUGUUCAGCGAGCUAUCGCGCCUGGCUGUCAAUUCGGUCAUUGUCAACGAUGUAAAGAGACCUCAGGCCAUUUCGACGUUCGCAUCGGAGCUGUAUUCGGGAUUCCAGCUGCUAAACCUGAAGAAUGACUCGCUGCGCCGCAGGUUUGACUCGAUCAAAUACGAUAUUAAGAAGAUUGAGGAGGUCCAAUACGAUCUGCGCGUGCGCGGUCUGACCGCAUAAAUUGCAAUUAUGUUCGUAUUUCAAAAAAAUAUAAGUUUCAGCGAGCAAACU